AUGGUGUCGCUGCUGCUGCUCUGCUCGGCGGCUGCUGCUCAGCCCGUACAAGGCGCAGGAGCAGGACCGCCGCCGAACUGCCCAACCAGGUGCGGCAACGUGAGCGUGCCGUACCCGUUCGGCAUCGGCGACGGGUGCUACUGGCCGGGCUUCAACCUCACCUGCGACCGGACGCGCCUGCUGCUCGUCGGCGGCGGCGGCACCCUCCAGGUCGUGGAGAUCUCCCUGGCAAACUCCACGGUGCGCGUUGUGGACAGCGCGGGACAGGUCAACCUCACCUUCGACGGGGCGGUCGACGGCAACGGCACGUGGGUCGGCGCCGGCGCCGGCCCGUACGUGGUGUCCGAGAGGCACAACCAGUUCGUCGUCACGGGAUGCAACGUGCAGGCCACGCUGGUCGGGGACGGCGGCGGCAACAACGUCAUCAGCGGCUGCUCCUCCUUCUGCUCCAUCAACGACAAGUGGACGGGCGUCGUCACGAGCUCCCCAGGCGACGGCGCCGCGGCCGCGUGCUCCGGCAUCGGCUGCUGCGAGACGCCCAUCCCCAUCGGCCGCCCCUCCUACGGCGUGCAGUUCAAGUACCUAGACUCGAGCCACGAGCACGACGACAAGCUGCCCAUCGCGGUGCGCAUCGCCGAGCGAGGCUGGUUCGACGCCACCUCCGCCGCGCUACUCAACGACUCGACCGGGUACGCCCCCUCGCGCCGGCCGGCGGCCCCCGUGGUUCUCGAAUUCGCGGUGGAUUCGAACCCGGUGGUGAUGCCGGGAGUGGCGACGUCGGGCUGCCCCAAGGACGCGGCGAGGAGCGCGUGCCGCAGCAGCCUCAGCUCCUGCCUCAACGUCACCGGCAACUACCGCAGCGGUUACGUGUGCCGGUGCCACGACGGGUACCAGGGCAACCCUUACCUUGCCGGUGGAUGCAAAGACGUCGACGAGUGCGCGUUGCCGGGCAUCUGCUCCGGCAAGUGCACCAACACGGCCGGAGGGUACCUUUGCAGGUGUCCGCGCGGCACCAGUGGCGACCCGCGCAUCAAAAAUGGUUGCGUCAAGUCUUCCCUAGGCUUAAGUAUUGGCAUAGGAAUUGGCAGUGGCGCUGGCCUUCUACUCCUGGUACUUGGUGCUAUCUUUGUGACUCGAAAGCUGAAGCAUCGUAGAGCAAAAAUGCUGAGGCAGAAAUUCUUCAAGCAAAACCGUGGGCAUCUGUUGCAGCAAUUGGUGUCACAAAAGGCUGACAUUGCUGAGAGAAUGAUCAUACCCUUGGGGGAGCUGGAUAAGGCAACAAAUAGUUUCGACAAAGCUCGUGAGAUCGGAAAAGGAGGGCACGGCACGGUCUACAAAGGGAUCAUGCCGGACCUGCAUGUCGUGGCUAUUAAGAAGUCCAAAGUCGCAGUCCAAAGGGAAAUCGAUGAGUUCAUAAAUGAAGUAGCUAUUCUAUCGCAGAUCAACCAUCGAAAUGUCGUGAAGCUUUUCGGGUGCUGCCUUGAAACAGAGGUGCCACUACUGGUGUAUGAGUUUAUUUCCAACGGAACACUUUAUCAUCAUCUUCAUGCGGAGGGACCAACAUCAUUGCCAUGGAAGGUUAGGCUAAGAAUUGCAACGGAAACCGCGGGAGCUCUCGCGUACCUUCACUCUGCCGUCGCGUUCCCUAUAGUCCAUAGGGAUAUCAAGUCCCAGAACAUUCUAUUGGAUGACACUCUGACAGCAAAGGUAUCAGACUUUGGAGCUUCUAGGGGUAUUCCAAGCGAUGAAACAGGUGAUGUUGAAACUGCUAUCCAGGGAACUCUGGGGUACCUAGAUCCCUUAUACUGCUCCACGGGGAUUCUUAAUGAAAAUAGCGAUGUCUAUAGCUUUGGUGUCUUUCUCAUGGAGUUGCUGACCAGAAAGAAACCAUAUCUAUACCGGUCAUCCGAGGAGGACAACCUCAUUACACAUUUCACCUCCAUGCUCAUGAAAGGCGAUCUGGUCGAUGUGUUGGAUCCUCAGGUCGUGGAUGAAGGGGGCAAAGAAGUUGAAGAGGUUGCCAUGCUGGCAGCCGCCUGUGUGAGGCUGCAAGGAGAACACCGACCGACCAUGAGGCAUGUGGAGAUGAAUCUAGAGAACCUUCGGGCAUCACAUGUUAAGGUUCUGGCACUUGAUAUGAAUGCACCAAGUUAUGCAUUGAUCGAGGGUACAAACACGGAGGAGGUAAGCAGACAAUAUAGUUUAGAAGAAGAAUAUUUGUUGUCAUCAAGAUACCCUCGGUAGAGGAUGUAAUUUAAGCGUUGUAAGUUUUUUUUUAAAUAGCUUGAGUGACAACAUAUGUACGAAACAUUAUGGGAA